CGGGCCUGUCUGUCCAUCCAUCCAUCCGCCCGCCCAGCAGAACUUCCCUCCGAGCUCUUCUGUGCCCAGAGCCAUGAGAUCCCUGCAAGCUUUGGUGCUCCUGGGCCUGACCCUGGGGUGCGUCGCCCAUGCAGUGGUUCUGUCUCAAGCAAGGCUUCCGGACUGUGACUCCGACGAGGCUGAACAAGCGGCCACCGUAGCACUGUAUCAUAUCAACCACAAUGCUGUGCAUGGAUAUAAGCACGCCCUUAACCAGAUCGACAAUAUCAGGGUGCUUCCCCGGAGACCCUUUGGAGAGCUAAUCUUACUUGAGUUGAAAUUAGUGGAGACAGAAUGCCAUGUCGUGAGCCCAGUGCCUGCUGAAAACUGUACAGUAAGGGCACUGCAAAGUCACGCUGUCGAAGCCGACUGCGACGUCAGAAUGCUCAGAGUUCAGGACGACUACAAAGUGACUGCUGUCAAAUGCCAUUCAUCUCCAGACUCAGUUGAAGACCUUGCAAAAAUAUGUCCCGACUGUCCUGUCCUGGCACCACUGAGCAAUCCUGACAUAGUUGCUACGGCUGAGAAAGCCCUCGCAGAUUUCAAUGCUGGCAACGCUCCAGUCUUCUACAAGCUUCUUGAGAUUUCACGCGGGAUGUUCGUGCCUAUGCCUCACUCUAUCUACACGGAGUUUGCAAUUGCUGCCACCAACUGCACAUUCGAGCAAGGUCUGGCCCAUCAGGACUGCUACGUGCAGACCGGCAAGGACUCGAGUUUUGGGUUCUGCAAAGCAACUAUUUACCAGAAAGGAAAAGGUUCUGCCCCUUUAGACGAGAAUGACAUGGUGCAGUGUGACAUCUUUGAACAUGAGGAUACAGCUUUCCAGGCCCAUCAACAGGAUCAUCACUUAAAGGAAAACAUGCCUUCUCCUGGCAUUGGCCGCACUGUUCUUGAUCUCGCACAUUCCCACAAUGACACAUGGGCCUCGCACGAGUCCCAUUCUGCUGAAAUCUUACCAGCUGCCCCAGUGGUCAAAAGAGCAGUCCAGGCAGAAGUGCAAGGGAAGAUUAAACUCCAGGUGUGUCCUGGAAGGUUGAGGCAUUUCCAUGUGUAGGACAGUCCAGGGCUAAGAGCAAAUGAAGCCAUGGAACCACGCAAUUCAUAAAAUCCGUUUUAUAUUUUCCAAAGCCUGAACUCAAACUCUUGAAUCCAAGAAAAGAUUGCCCUGAUAAGUUCCAGAAAAUAGCAAUAGCCUGCAAAAUUUGCUUUCUGUGAUAAGACAGGCUGUGUAUAUUUGUUCCUUUGCUCUGUGUGAGUGCAGAAGCUGGUGCUUGCCACAGAUUUAGAAUCUACCAGCUCCUCUGUCAUCUUAAGUUCCUGAAGAUGCAAGUUUCUUGCUCCUGUGAUUGGAGACAACCAAGAGAAAGGCAGAGAGACAGUAUCUGGAGACAUCACUAGAGUAAGACAAGAGUAGACCAGGGAGACCCUGUCCUAUGUAUUGGUUGUUUUCCCACUCCUUGGGUAGCAAAAUCAGAAUGAAUUGCACAAAUUAUAUCCUAAUUCACACAGCAUGCCAUUUGGGUAACAAACACAUAACAGCUUGAUGAAGAGUCUGGUGGGGAAAAUGUGGUAAGGGAGAAAUAUACACAACAUUGGAUGGAAUUGACCAGAAAGACUUAUCAGAUGUGUUCUCUAAGAUUGACCAAAAAAGUUCCAAAGUGCUAUGUCAAGUUACAGAGCAAUACAUUCUGACACUAGGGACAACCAAAAGAUGGUGCUUCAAAAAUAAAACAUUAAAUUGAAA